AUGGCGACCUUCGCUGGUUUCCCCCAAGUCGUGCGUGCGCCCACACUGUUCCUCCCCUCCCUCUUGGAACGCCGCGUCAGUCCUCCGACGGGGGAUCUGCGCAUGCGUGGCGGCUGGCGCGUCGCAGGGCCCCGACGCCGCUGGAGCGCGCCGCGAGGCCUUUGUUGCGGCGGAGGGAAGAGGCCGAGGCAGGCCCGGCGCCCAGAGGGGAGCGGCGGCCUGAGCUUUGUGGUGUUCUUGGAAAGUUUUGCACCCCUUGUGAAUUCUCUGAAUCUUGGCAUUGUCAGCCCAUUUCUGUUGGGCCCUUUACAGCUUGCUCAGAUUAAGACGCAGUUGGCUCUUCACCAGUUGAACUCUGUUGCCUCACAUAACUCUGUAGUGUCUUAUGCCUUGUUAAAUGAGGCAUUCCUGAAGACUGCCAUGUUUAACCCUCGAGGAAACAUGCAUUCACGGCCAAGGGGACCUAAUACAUCUGACUCAAUCCCACGUGAGCCUUUUCGGGGGUCAAGACAAUCUAGUUUUCAAGGACAGCGCUCCUCUGGCCCUCGUCAUGGAGUGCCCCAGCAAUUCAUGGGAAGAGAAAUGGGGGCAGGAUUUUCAAGGCCAGAUGUCCAGGUCACUCAACAUAGAAUGGAUCCAAGACAAGCAAGGGAACAGAGAAACCAGCAGAAGGAAGGAGGAGGAGGAGGAGGCCAUAACACACACUGGGAUGAUAAUCAGUUUCCCCAUGGCAAUAGUAGCCAGAGCCAGCCUGCUUCAGGCUCCACUGCAACUAUUCAGAGCCGUUACACAAAUGAGAGUGCCUCAAGCAUCUUGGCAAGCUUUGGCUUAUCUAAUGAAGACUUGGAGGAACUUAGCCGCUAUCCAGAUGAUCAGCUCACACCUGAAAACAUGCCUUUAAUCUUGCGGGAUAUCCGAAUGCGCAAGAUGACUCCUCAGUUGCCUGGUUUGCCCACCCAGAGCAGGGAAAAAGAAGCCUUCCACGGCGAUGAAGGCCGUGGUUCUGUGGUAAAGAGCAAAGUGAUUGAUUAUGGGCACGAAAGCAAGUAUGGAUAUUCCGAAGGUCCCCUUGAAGUCAAAGUGUACGAUUCCGGCAUCUCGACUGAAGAGACCAUGAAAGGGUUUCAGGCUCAGCAGACUGUGCCGACUGCACCCUCGACUGUAGACAAUCCAAUCAACGUCGUAGAAGCACUGAUUCGACAGAUGGGGUUUCAGAGAAGUACACCAAAUCCCCAGAACUUCUUUGUCAUGGAUGGUGCGAACAAAAUGCCUGGAUUGUGCCUGCCUCCGGCAGGACCUGGGGUACCUGCAACAGCCCCCUCAGCCCCAGUCAUGAUGCCCCCUAUGGUGUCUUCCAUGCCUCCACCCAUGAUGCCUCCUGUGCAGUCUUUACCUCCACCCCCUAUUGCACCGCCCAUGAUGCCCACUAUGAACCAGCCACCACCACACCAUUUUGUUCCUGAAAUGCUCGAGACUGUCAACAGGCACGACAGGAUUCAGCAUGAGCCUAGGGGUAAGCCUCCCAGUGCCCCCCCUCGACCUACAGGCGAUCAGAAGAAUUUCCAGAAAAUGGCUGAAAGCCCUAUCGAGUCCCCCUUUGGGGUGGUGAAAGCCUCUUGGCUUCCAGUUUUUUCACAGGCGGAUGCACAGAAGUUGAAGAGGCUGCCUACUCCCUCUAUGAUGAACGAUUACUACGCUGCGUCUCCAAGAAUAUUUCCACAUAUGUGUUCUCUGUGUAAUGUAGAGUGUAGACAUUUGAAGGACUGGAUUCAGCAUCAGAAUGCUGCUGCCCAUAUUGAAAGCUGUCGUCAGCUACGCCAGCAGUACCCAGACUGGAAUCCGGAGUCUCACUCUUCAUCCAAAAGGAAUGAACGUGACAGACAGGGCACUCAUUCACCAAGGAGACAUUCAGCCAGUCCUAGCCCCAAACGGUCAAGACUCUCGAGCUCUGGCCAUGCCAGGCACCGGUCACGUUCCAGGAGCCCUGGCUAUCGCAGGACCGGUCGACCAAGAAGUCGAAGCCCAAGGCGUCUUCCUAGUCCCAGACACAGGUCAAGGUCUCCACGGAGAUCUCGGAAUUCUGGUGCACAGUCUACAAGAUCUUCCAGCAAGGAAAGAGGAUCAGAAAGAUCCACUAGAUCUGCAGACAAGGCUUUGGAAGCUGCAGUGAAAUGUUUGGGGCCCCAGUUUGUGGAACAGUUCCACAAACAGAAAUCGCAACAAGGAGGAGGCCGAGGGGCCUUGGAACCAAGGAGAAUGUCACCUGAGCCUGGGAGGCCGCUUGGAAAUGUGAGGAGGAACAUGAACAGUCCUGCUGUUCCUCAGAAGACGACCAGGAGGGAUUCAGGUUCUCAUUUUGGCUCAUCUGAUGGUAAAGCAAAGCUGCCUGAAGCUGGUGGCAUGCCAGACAAAGGAGGAUUGGCUGUGGAAGGCAAGACCAAGAAAUUGCCCAUGGGUGCACCAAUAAAGGAUACAAGUGUUGCCCACCCUCCUCUUCCUUUCCACAGACUUUUGUCAGACAAAGUCUUGGGUUGCGGUUCAGUCCUUUGUAUAUCCGAUCUACCAGAUGAUGGCUACACAGACCAAGAUAUUGAGAAAAUUGUUCUUCCCUUUGGAAAAGUUAGUGACUUUGUUGUGAUUCGUUCUCAGAAUGAGGCCUUUGUAGAAAUGAAUUAUAAAGAAGCAGUAAUGGCAGCCGUCAAAUAUGGUGAAACUGUUCCAGUUUUGGUUAAUGGAAGGCGUGUGAAAAUAAGCAUUGCAGAAAAGCCCAAACCACCUCCCAGCCAGCCACAGAACAAAGGAAAUGGGAAGAAAACUGUGCAGAAUGUCAAGAAACCGCCUCCUCCUUCUGUGAAUACAAAGAAAGAUAAGACCAGCUCUGCUGCUAAAACACCCCAAACGGCUUCAGCUGCGACCCCGGCUGCAAUGGCCUUAACUGGCUGCCUCUACUCUGGUUCUGGGGCUUUGCUGGAGGAAGCCCAAAGCACCCUCUUUGCUCCCUCUUCCCUUUUAGCAAAACCUGGUGAGAAGAAGCCUGGAGAGGCCCAAAAGGCCGGGGAGACUAAGGCAGGUGUAGAACAGAAGAAGGCAGAAGAUCCAAUGAAAUCAAAGGGUAAAAAGGCACCUGUGGAACAAAAGAAACCCGCAGAUCCUAAGAAGUCUGAAGAGGCCAAAAAGCCAGCAGUUGCCAGUAAGAUCGCAGACACCAAGAAACCCGCUGACUCCAAGGCAAAAGAAACUAACAACUCCACAGAUACUCCAGGCACUGUAGAGGCUAUGCAGAGUACAGAAGCUGGCGACUCAGCCAAUAAGGAAGCAGAAGAGACAUGCGUCGUGGUGGUUUCUAAUCUCCCCGAGGCAGGGUUAUCCCUGGAUGAAAUUUCCAACCUAACCAAGCCCUUUGGAGGACUGAAAGAUGUUUUAAUACUGUCUUCGCAUAAAAAGGCAUACUUAGAAAUAACUCAGAAAUCUGCAGACUCCUUGGUGAAAUUUUACUCCUGCUUUCCAAUGUGUGUGGAAACAAGCAAGCUGUGCAUUAGUAUGGCACCCGAAUUCAAGGAUAUAAAAGAUCAGGAAGCUAUAUUUAUUGCUAUGAUUAAAGAUGCCAAUCCAAAGGCAAACGUGGAAGCUCUGCAUUCACAGCUUGUGCAUCUUGGCAACUUGCCUGACCAAGGGUACUCCGAACUCGAAAUACUGUGUGUCGGGCUUCGAUUUGGACGAGUGGAUCACUACAUGGUGAUAAGCAAUAAGAAAAAGGCAAUUCUUCAGUUGGAUAGUGCAGAGUCUGCUGCAUCCAUGUGUCGCUUUUUGAAAAGAUACCCUUACAGACUGGGAGAGUCGCAACUGACGUUCUCACGAUCACCAAAGAUCGAACCUUUGCCAGUUGAAGUCACAAGGAAGGAGGUGAGAAAACAAGAGCCAAGCAAAGAGAGCCCUGUCUUGAAAAAAAAUCCCGAAGGCUCAGGAUCGGUGCGCACAGCUUCUGUUCCUUCAGCAAAGCCCACUGAAGCCAAGGAAGAGCCCAGUUCUAAGUUGAAGGUUGCGACGGCAGAAGUGAAGAAUGAACGUUCUGAGAAGAUGGAACGUGAAGCUCCGUCAGAGCCAUCAAAGACUGUGUGUUCAGAAGAAAAGUCGGCAGCGUUGACUACCAAACCAGUUGACUUGAGUUCAUCUGAAGUAAAAUCUGAAAAAGCCUCUGCUUUGGCAUCCAGCCUGGGAAAUGAAGAAGAGGUUACAGAUAAGGCUAACACUGAAUUACUGGGGAACACAUCUAUGUCCACAGCAGGGGACAAAGAUGAAGAAUUAACUGACCCUGUCGGUGAGCUCUCAGAAGAGUCAAAGGGCACAGCUGAAAUGGGAGAGAUAGGAGCAAGUCCUGCCAAGACAGAGCCAGGAGUGGAGACAGCUUCCAUCUGUGAGACAGUGCCCCUGGGCUCUACAGAAGCUCCAGUGGAGGAACUGUCAGGGGAAGACCUACAACCAAGCACCAGUGUGGAACCUCCGGGAACAGAUCAUGCCGACACAUCAAGAAACCUCCCUGAAAUGUCUGCCUCUGAGGAGGGGGUGGUGGCAAACAAGGAGCCUGAGAAUCCUCCGUCCACAACUGAAAGCAGCACGGAGGUGGAACCUGAGACAACAGCUGUCCCUGAGACUACAGAACCUGCAACGAAGAAACCUGAACUACAGAUGGACAAGACUGAGGCAGCCGUAGAAAAGCAGCCUGAAGUGCUGAUACCAAAUGACAAGUCAACCCAGGAGGAGAAACUUGAAAAGAAGGCAGAUGAGGGAAGUCCUGAGCAAAGUUUGCCCGAGUCACAGCCAAGUAAGGAAACGGGACGGGACCAGCCUGAAGAAUCUAGUAAAGCUGAUGUGCUUGCUAUGGAAUCGGCACUCAGCGCAGAAGCUACUUCUGUUAGCAAAACCAUCUUAAAGGCUUUGAUGUCUGUUCCAAAUGUAGCAAAGAAAAGAACUGUGACACGAAGGAAGGAGGAGCAGAAGUCCCCCGCCAAGCCCGGAACCAGGAGCGGCACAAUCGCCGAGAAGAAGCCCGUGCCAAAAGAACCGAGUCAGCAGAGACCGGCGAGCGGCAGGUCAAACUUGCCAGAGAGCAAAUCUAAACUGAGGCUGAGUUCUCUUGUGGUUAAGGUAGGCAGUGGGAAGAGUUCAUCGCAGCAAGAGAAGGACUCCCCAGUGGAAACUAAGGGUAGCUCAAAGCAGACCCAAGAGCAAGAGGCUCGAUCAUCCACCAUGAAGCGCAACGGCAACAAAGAAAAGGUAUUCGCUGGGAGAAACACUAGAAGUUCUAACAAUGGUGCAAAGCCGAAAGAGGAAGAAGAGCUUUUCCCAUUUAACUUGGAUGAGUUUGUUACUGUGGAUGAAGUUACAGAUGAAGUGGAGACUCCCUCCCAGCCUAAAUGGAACCCUCUGAGGGGUAAGAGGAAGGAUGCCGCCCAUGAGCCCAGCUCCAAGAGAAGGAAGGGCAAGACCUCUGUUGCUCGUGGAGCUCCUGAGCAGGAGCUCUCCUUCGUUACGUUGGACGAGAUUGGAGAGGACGAAGGCGGGACGGCCCCUGCGGCAGAACAUCUGGAAGCCAUGCCAGAUCCCCAGGUGUUGGUCACCGUUGAUGAAGUGAACGAUGAGGAAGAACUCAUCUCCGAAGUGGCCCAGGAUCCACAGUCACUUGUUACUUUGGAUGAGAUCACCGAGCAAGAGGAUUCUGCUGCUCACGAGGCUGUGAAAGAAGCAGAUGGUGAGCCAGACCUUAAAGAAGCAGACGGUGAGCCAGACCUUAAAGCAGAGCCCUUAGUAACGGUGGAUGAAAUUGGAGAAGUGGAAGAGCUACCUCUGAAUGAGCCUUUGCAUUUUAAGACUGAGACCUUGAAUGACAGGCAGGAAGAAAAAGAGGUGCUUGAAGAUGCUGGAGAUCUCCUUUCUUCCCAGAUGCCGGAAGACCCAAGCACUUUGGUCACAGUAGAUGAGAUCCAUGAGGACAGCGAUGAUCAGCCCCUGGUGACGUUGGAUGAAGUGAUGGAAGAAGAUGAUGACUUCCUGGAAGGAGAGCUUAACUUUGUUACUGUGGAUGAAGUUGGCAGCGAGGAUGAGGAAGAAGAAAAGGACGUGACAAGCACAGAUAUGGAGGAGCCGGAUGCUACAGCAGUCCCAGAAGAAGAGAUUGCAGCUGCAGUUGCCGAACCAACAGAGGGUUUACCAUCAGCUGCCAAGCAAGAAGAAACAGUGAUUCGAGAUGAUGCCUCACCCGGCAGAGAGAAAGCGAGUCCUGGGGAGGCUCUUCCUGAGGAAAAUGAGGCUCAGAUGGAAGUUCCUCUUCCUGAGGAAAAUGAGGCUCAGGUGGAAGUUCCUCUUCCUGAGGAAAAUGAGGCUCAGAUGGAAGUUCCUCUUCCUGAGGAAAAUGAGGCUCAGAUGGAAGAUGCAGAAAAGGAGAGCGUUGCUGCAGAAAUAGAAACACAGGAAACUACCUUGGUAGAAACAGAGAAGGGUGAAGGAGGGAAAGAACUGGAACAAGCCCUAACGGAAGAGACUGAAGCGGAAGCACAGCGAGAGAUGCCUUUAGCAGAAUUAAGCAGCCAGACAAGCAGGGAAGAGCAGCCAGACAAGCAGGGAAGCGAUACGGAGGACAAUCAGCAGCCUUCAGAGUUGGAGAGCCAUGAAGAGGACACAGAGGCCAAAGCAAUAGAAAUGGAUGUUGAGGGAUGCUCAGAAUCUGCCCCUGACAAGGAGGAAACGGGAGAUGUUGCGACGCCUGCUCCAGCCCCCCCGGAGGCUUCUGUUGGAGAGGACCAGACUGCGGGCGGUGAGGAUCCGGAGGCAGGAUCUGAACAGCUUGACCAGGCUCCAGAUGUCAAAGAGGAGGAGAGCUGCAGUGAGCUGGCCCCCUCGCAGUCUCCUGAGAAGCCCGAGAAAGAAGUGGCUGGACCAGAGCGUGAAGAACAGGAGUCUGAACGGAGAGUGGAAGAUCCCUCAGAGAAAUCCGAGGCCCCGGAUAACGUGGAAGAUCUAGACUUCCUUGUCCCAAAAGCUGGCUUUUUCUGUCAGAUUUGUUCCUGCUUCUGUGUGGAUGAAGCGUCUAUGAAAAGCCACUGCCAGUCUGCACUUCACCUGCAAAAUAAGAAGAAGUUCAUGAACAAGAAAACAGAAGAGGAGAAAAAGGAAGGGGACGGGGACUCUGCCAAAGAGAGUUCAAGGUGAUGAUCAAGAGAUGAGCCACCACACGUGUUCUUUAGGGGGCCAGUCAGGUCUGUGUAGUAUGUUUAGUUUACUUUUGUCAACUUCCAGACUUUUGUGUUGUGUAUAUACCCGUCUCAGUAUAGGAUAAGAAUUGUGUGAUGGUUUUUGAUAGCUGUGUGUAACGCUCCUGCCAUCAUUUAAAUAAAUGUUCUUACUCUAUAGACAAAACAAAA